AUGAGCUCUAACAGUCUGUCAGCGACCUUUCUUGGCUUCCCGUCUGAUCAAAGCCUCCACUCAGCAGAGCUCGCUGCUGCAGGUCCCAACCCUCUGUCCCUCUCACUUGAUGUGGGGGAGAACAAAGUCAGGCUUGGAGAAGGACAGACAGAGGAGAGCAGGAGAGAGAGAAGAAAGCGAGACGAGAGAGGGGGAGAACAAGGAGGAGGCCAUGCUGAGAGGUCAUGUUUGAUGAGAACUCUGGAUCUCCUGCAGAUAGACAAAGAAAGAGGAGGCGAGAGAGAGGUCGGCUCGACACAGCCAAAACAGAAUCACGAAGGAGGCGUGUAG